AUGUCAUGUCCGACGAGAAUACUAUUUUAUCUUCUCUCUCAGUUUACCGCCAAGACACUAAAUCGUCAAGCAAAGAAAGCGCAAAAGGACGAGAACACGGAAAAGGCUCGUCUUAAGAAGGCGUUGCAGCAGAGAAAUACUGAUGGCGCGCGUAUAUAUGCCUCGAAUGCCAUUCGCAAGAAGUCAGAGGCUCUGAAUUUGUUACGACUAUCUAGCCGGUUAGAUGCUGUCGCAAGUCGAGUGGAGACUGCCGUCACGAUGAGACAGGUGACUGGGAACAUGACCUCCGUGGUCAAGGGCAUGGACAAAGCAAUGGAUAGCAUGAAUCUUGAACGGAUUUCGCUUGUGAUGGACAAGUUCGAAUCACAAUUCUCCGACCUGGACGUCCAGACGUCUUACAUGGAGGACGCAAUAUCAAGUACAACCGCUGUAUCGACGCCGCAAGAUCAAGUAGACACUCUCAUGCGGCAGAUGGCGGAAGAAGCCAACAUAGAACUGCAGCACGAUCUCGCAGCGAAAGAUCUAUCUGGUGUUCCAUCUCUGACUACAAAAGAGAGCAUUGGCGAGGAAGACGAUAAACUAGCGGAAAGACUGAGAGCUCUGAGACCGGCAGCAUAA